GGGUCAUCUUCUCGUCUGGUGUUUAGAGAGAAAAGGGUUGAGUUGGGUCUUUUGAUUGUGUUUUACAAAAGAAAUUCCCAUUUUACCCUUCUAAUUUGUAAACAUUUCUACGUCAAGGAAUAGAGGUUAAAAGUUGGAGGAUUUCCUCUUGCUGUGAGUGAGUGAGUUUAGGCUAGGGUAGGCCUAGGCCUAUAAUAAAGACAGCUUUUUGGGAAUGUUGAGAGAGCACUAGUAUACAAAUGAGCGUGGAAGCUAGGUAAUGUCUUCUCCUUUGAUAGCCACGUAUUAUGGCCGCUCAGAACCCUAGUUUGUGCCAACCAGGGGGGCUUACUCGUAGGUCAUCACGUGUUACCGUGGCGACAAAACGCAAACCUUCACCAGAGUUGAAUACAACGCAAGAAUUAGGACAAACCAAGAGAGUUAAAAGUGAGACUCACAGAACUCUGUACAACCCGCCACCGGUGUUUCUUAGUCAAACAAACAUCCCCAAAACUUUAGAUUCAAAUUUUGGACCACGUAAGAGUAGAAAAACAAGAACUGAGCCAUCAGGAGUAACUGUUGUUAACCAGAGUUUGACCAAUCAACCUAAAGAAUCCAGUGACAACACACAGAAGUUUGAGAGAAAGGGCUCCAAGUCUAGGUCCAGUAGUCAUAGCAGCACUUCCUCUGCUCUAAGCUCUUUGUUAGAACAAGCUCCGCAACAGAGCUUGAUCGAAGCCUUGCUCAACGACACCACUCAAGAAACAGGUGAACUGGAAUUCUGUGAACCUAAUUGGAGUAGUAAACAAUCCAUUCUGGACCAGGAGCUCUCAGAACCAGCAGCAAAGAAGACAAAGACAUUAAAGCAGCACAGUGCUGCCAGAAGAAAGAGCUCAUCAAGUUUGCCUCAAAACGAGGUCGCUAUCACUUGUUGUUGUCUGCGUUCGUAUACACGCAAUAACCCUUGCGAGUUUGAAGCGUUGGAUUAUUACAAACCUGCGCGAAAAGUAAUCAAGACGAGUACAGCACGUGGCAAGGUCCCCUCACGGGGAUCAACAAGCCAACCAAAGUCUACCGCAACAGGAUCUGCAAAUAAACAGGCUUCAGAUUCUAAAUCAAAGCCAGACUUGGAAAAGAAAAAGUCCAAGGUAGUCGAAUUGUCUAGUAGUGGCCAGAGUAGCGUAGGUGCUAGGCCACGUGUUGGCAACAGUCAAACCUCAGUGAAGGCAACUACUAGUAGUGCUGGAGAAAGUAAAUCAGGACAGUCUGUACGAUUAAAACUGCGUUCUUCAACAACUAAACAAACGCCAAGUCAUAGCGUUUCCAAUACACAGGCCAACAAAGGCAAAGUAAAGUUUGCAGCCGCUAAAGGUAAAAGCAGAGCCCGAAAUAGUGGUAGUAAAGCAGAUAAUUCGCAUACCAAACCAACAGACAGCACAACGGGCACUUGCGCAAGCACUCGAGGCAGGCGCAGCUCAGGAAUGAGCAAGCGCAACUCAGGAGGAACCGGCCAGUUAGACCCUAUGUCUAGCAAUGAUACAACUAGCGAGGGUGCUAGUAGUAAUGCUCGCAGUGACGAAACGGCCACAGGAGCAGCAGCAUCAGGAGCAAGCGGAAGAAACGGUGCCAGUCUAGCAAGUGCCUUAGAUUCUGAUGGCGAUGACACUGAUAUGGGAAGACUUCAGGCUAUGCUAGAAGCCCGAGGUCUACCACCGGAAUUAUUCCACGCUCUUGAGCCUCGUAUGCAUCAACUUCUUCACCGCAGUAUGGGUACUGGAGUGAGCACUAAAGCCCACCGACUUCUCGGUGGCCUGCAAGCGACUGGCGAUGAGAGUCAGCAGCUUCAAAGUGUGAUUGAGAUGUGUCAGUUACUGGUCAUGGGGAAUGAAGACACAUUAGGGGGUUUCCCCAUUAAACAAGUCGUUCCAGCUCUUAUCACUCUUCUUGGAAUGGAACAUAAUUUUGAUAUAAUGAAUCAUGCAUGCCGAGCUUUGACCUACAUGAUGGAAGCUUUACCAAGGUCUUCGGCUGUUGUUGUAGAAGCUAUACCUGGGUUUUUAGAAAAGCUUCAAGUUAUUCAAUGCAUGGAUGUAGCUGAGCAGUCACUUACAGCGUUGGAGAUGUUGUCACGACGACAUAGCAAGUCAAUCCUACAAGCUGGUGGUGUAUCAGCUUGUCUCUUGUAUAUUGAGUUUUUCUCAAUCAAUGCUCAGAGGAACUCUUUAGCUGUGGCAGCCAACUGCUGCCAGAGUAUGGGACAGGAUGAGUUCCACUAUGUACGCGAUUCGUUGCCGCUACUCACCGGCAGACUUCAACAUCAGGACAAGAAGUCUGUUGAAAGUACAUGUUUGUGUUUUGCCAGACUAGUUGAUAAUUACCAUAGCAACGAUAAACUUCUGAAAGAGAUAGCGGCUCAUGGGUUGCUUAGCAACCUGCAGCAGUUGCUUAUGGUCACACCCCCUAUCAUAAGCACCAACACGUUCAUUAUGGUUGUGCGGAUGUUGUCCGUGAUGUGUGCUAGUUGCCCCGAACUGGCUGUACAACUUUUAAAACAAAAUAUUGCUGACACCAUUAGUUAUUUACUCAUAGGACCAUCUGACAGUGCUAGUAUAGACAUAGAGCUAAUUCCAAGGACACCUCCAGAGCUUUAUGAAAUAACAUCUCUGAUUGGUGAGCUGAUGCCUCGCCUUCCGAGUGAUGGUAUCUUCACAGUGGAUGCAAUGCUAAAGAAGGGGAGCGUACAGGUGCAGGAGCAGGUGGCAUGGCAGUGGAGGGAUGACCGUGGCAUGUGGCAUGCUUACACCAGAAUCGACAACAAGAUCAUUGAGGCUGCUUCUCAGGCUGGAGAGGAUGAGGUUUGCCUGUCCACAAUGGGACGUACUUACCUAGUGGACUUCAACUCCAGUCAACAAAUCAAUGAGGACACAGGAACUACAAGGCCAGUCCAACGGAGAACAAAUCCUUCCGCAUCAAGUUCUUCAUCAGGUUCAUCGGCGACAUCAGAAACUAGCGAUGCAAGAGCUAAUCUACUACAGGAAGAUAACACGCUGGCAUUUCAUUUCAUCAAAGCUUUGUUUGCAAUUCUAUAUGAAGUCUACAGUUCAUCAGCUGGUCCAGCUGUAAGGCACAAGUGUUUGAAAGCCUUGUUGAGAAUGGUGUAUUUUGCAGACCCUCAGCUUCUCAAGGAUGUACUCAGCAAUCAUGCUGUUUCAAGUCACAUUGCGGCAAUGGUAUCAUCUCAAGAUCUGAAAGUAGUGGUAGGAGCUCUCCAGAUGGCCCAUAUUCUAAUGCAGAAGCUCCCAGAUAUAUUUCAUGUGUACUUCAGAAGGGAAGGUGUCAUGCACAGGUUAAAACAGUUGCUAGAAGCCAAGGAUACCAGUCCUGCUAGUACCUCUCCAACCAAAGAGACACCACCAAAUAAAAACACAAAAGAUGGGACCAAAGAAACUGCACCAAGUACAUCUGGCGUAGCAAAUAAUGCAAGUUCUCCAACCCUGGAUGAUUCUUUGGAUCUUGAUAGCCCGCCACAAGGUCGAUUAAGUGAUGUACUGAAAAGAAAGCGGCCACCGAAAAGAACCAGCGCCCGGAAAAGUAAAUAUGCUGCACCAGAAGAAGCCGGCUCUACAACAGAUAGCGCCGCACAGGCUAGAGCCGUAGGUGGGUCAACCUUGACACCGGUGACCUCAAAGACCAGUGCAAGGGCUCUUGUGGCUACCAGAGCUAAGGCUACCGGACACAAUUCAGCUAAGCCAACCGGAGUUUUCCCAAAGUCUUCAUUCCUGGCAAGUUUAAAUCCAUCUCGCUGGGGACGUUCUGGGACAAAUGCAUCAAACGUUAGUAAUCCAAGUGGCUUGGAGAGGGCAUCUAGAGAGAGCUGCCUGCAGCGAGCCAGUAUGCUGGGCCUUAGCACUGUUAACCAGAGUACUAGUAAUAAGGAGAAUAAGGAAAAGAUUAAAGUGUGGAUUAAGCAUCAAGCUCGUAAGUUCCUUGAAGAGCAUUUUAACGAUGAGACUCAAGAUUCAACCCAUCCUGCAAUGAACGUUCUCAAUAAUUUGUGUGCUGCGGUUGAUGCCAUUUCAAUGGAGGACGCAGCUGACCUGAAAGCUCUGCAAGAGAUCAGUACCAUCCUGUGCGACUCUGACAUCUCGCCUUUUGAAGUACUCCACAGCGGCCUCAUCGGGAAGCUGCUCAAUUACCUGACGUUCUCAAGUACUGGUAUAGAAAGAUCUACAAGACAUUGCAGACUGCGCAGAUUCCUACAUGUGUUUCUAAAUUGUCCGCCCCCAGAUUCACCUGUAAUGAAAUCCUUGGACCUCUCUAAUCCACCUCCCUACAUCCAGUUGGUGAAUAAAGUGAACGCAUGUAUUGGUCACCUUGAGCAGUUUGCGGUCAAAGUUCAUGAUCUACCUGGCGCAGGAUCCUCAGGAAGUCGAGGAUCUCAGGCUAUGAAAUUCUUCAAUACCCAUCAACUGAAGUGCCAGCUAUCCAGACACCCAGAAUGCACAACACUGAGGCAAUGGAGAGGAGGUCCAGUAAAGAUAGAUCCACUAGCACUGGUGCAAGCAAUUGAAAGGUACCUGGUGGUUAGGGGCUAUGGCAGGGUACGACAUGAUGAUGAUGACAGCGAUGAUGCCUCAGAUGAGGACAUUGAUGAAACACUGGCCGGUGCUUUCUCUAGCAGUAACAUUAAUAUACAGCAUAAGUUACAGUUUAUGAUUGGUGAUCAUGUACUGCAUUAUGGAAUGACAGUCUACCAGGCAAUCAGACAGUAUGCAUCAAUGGCCGAGGACAGCACAGAUACCGAAGACGAGAGCCACCCAUUGGGACGAGCAGGCAUAUGGGCCAAAACGCAUGUUAUAUGGUACAAACCUUACAAUGAAGACAAGGUAUCAUCAUCUGACACAGUUUCCACAGCAACAGCCACAUCAUCUAAGAAGAGUUCCUCAUCAACAAAUAGUAAGAGAGCAAGUAAAUCAAAAAAACACGACGAAUUAUGGCACGAAGGCAUAGUUCCUGUUGGAAAGUCACCUCUUGAUUUGCAGUUACUUCCGUUACUUCCACUUGGAGUCAACCUUAAGGAUCCUUCUACCGAGUCCAUAGCCUUGCUUUGCGUUCUUCAUGUUCUUAAUCGUAACUGGCAUUGGCUUUAUGAUGGUGCUGUGCCAAAGUAUGCCUUGUCUUCUAAUGAGUUCAUAAGUAGUAAGUUAACAGCCAAAGCUACAAGACAACUACAGGAUCCUCUGGUAAUAAUGACAGGCAACCUGCCCUCUUGGCUCACAUCCCUCUCCAAAGCAUGCCCGUUUCUAUUUCCGUUUGACACACGUCAGCUGCUAUUCUAUGUCACAGUAUUUGAUCGAGAUCGUGCAAUGCAACGACUACAAGAGAACAACCCUGAAAUGAACACGUCUGACUCCAGUGAACGGGUUGCUCCGCGUCUUGAUAGGAAAAAGAGAACUGUCUGUAGAGGAGAUCUACUUAAGCAAGCUGAGACUGUAAUGGAUGACUUAGCAAGUUCUCGUGCUGUACUGGAAGUUCAAUACGAGAAUGAAGUUGGUACUGGUCUAGGCCCAACCUUGGAGUUCUAUGCAUUAGUCUCUCAGGAGAUCCAGCGUGCUGAGUUGGAGCUGUGGCGAGGAGAAGCAGUUCCUCUGAUUGAUCCAAAAGGUUCACAAGCUGGAGUUAAGUAUGUGUUUUCAUCAGUCGGAUUGUUCCCGGCACCCCUAGGAAGGAAUGCUAAAAUGGCAGCUGUUUCAAAGAUUAAGGCAAAAUUCAGAUUCUUAGGGAAAUUUAUGGCAAAGGCACUUAUGGAUUCUAGAAUACUUGACAUUCCCUUGAGUCUGCCAUUCUACAAGUGGGUACUAGGUCAAGAAGGUUCAUUGACCCCUGCUGACCUGCAUUAUGUUGACCCAGUAUUAGCACGAUCAUAUGACCAGCUGCAUGACCUGCUGAGGCAGAAGAAAAGGCUACAUCAAGAUCAGAGUCAGACAGCUACCAGCCUACAACUAGCCCUUGAGAGUCUCACAAUGGAUGGCUGCUCAGUAGAAGAUCUUGGCCUAGAUUUUACCUUACCUGGACACCCAACAAUUGAACUGAAGAAAGGGGGAAAAGAUAUAUGUGUCACUGUUCACAACCUAGAAGAAUAUUUGAAGCUUGUAGCUCACUGGACAUUAGUAGAAGGUGUAAGUCGUCAGUUUGAGGCGUUCCGUGAAGGCUUCCAGUCAGUCUUCCCCUUGGAGCAUUUACAGAGCUUUUAUCCGGAAGAGCUUGAUCAGUUAUUUUGUGGAAGUACUAGUGAGUGCUGGGAUAUUAAGACAUUGAUUGAAUGUUGUAAACCUGACCAUGGUUACACACAUGAUAGCCGAGCUGUGAAAAACCUGUUUGAGAUUUUAGUAUCUUACAAUGGCGAAGAACAGAGACAGUUUUUGCAGUUUGUUACAGGAAGCCCUAAGUUACCGGUUGGAGGUUUCAAGGCGCUAAGUCCACCAUUGACUGUUGUUCGUAAAACAUUUGAAACAUCUGAAAACCCAGAUGACUUUCUACCGUCAGUUAUGACAUGUGUCAACUACUUAAAGCUACCGGAUUACUCGAACAAGGAAUUCAUGCAACUGAAGCUGUCAGUAGCUGCCAAAGAAGGACAACAAUCCUUCCACUUAUCUUAAACACCUUGUGCUGAACCUGUCAAUCAAUCAGUCAAUUAACACCUUUCGACUUCAUGGAUAUAUUACGGAUGACAUUUACGCUCGUCUACAAAUUGGAAAAGUUUAGUUUUAUUUCAUCAACCAAAAGCAAUCUACAAAUGCGAGUAUUGUAGGAGUCUGUAAACAGAUCACUACAUUGAGACUACGAAAAAAUACUUUGUUUUCUCGAAUCUACAUCAUGUUGGUGCUUGGAAGUUUUAUCGGUGACUUAACAUUCGUCAUGUAUUGUUGGUAGGUUGUCUUGUAAACGUGUUUGUCAUUUUACCUCUGGCUUCAACAUGGCCAUGGUGCAUAUUGAACUAUUAAGGAAUCAAUCCAGCUUUGGAUAAAUUAAUACUUGGUGGUUUGAAAUUUAUCAACUUUGCCUGUGGUAUAUCCAACCAAUUGCAAGGCCAGCAUAGAUUUCUGCUUGAUCGAUGGUCCAUGCAGGAUGGUCAUAGUCAGUUAUUUGAUCUGAAUUUUAACAAAAAUGUCAGUGCAUAAAUUGCAAAAGCAUAUUAGAUAAUAGAGUACAUAGCCAGCAGAAUUGUGGAGUAUAUCGUAGACAAUAGAACAUAUUGACUAUGUUUAGAAGACAUUAUUUCAAAUUGUCUCCCUAAUUGUGCGCAUUGCAAGACAAUAUCCCAUUAUCUGAUUCAUCGUUUAAGCCUGUAUUUGCAUUCUUGCACAAAAUCUGAUAUUUAAGAUUGGAAUAUUCUUGAGGCACCAGGAGACAUUUUGUAUUUAAUUUUUUACCUUAACACACAAUGUCUUUUACAUAUUAUAUAACCACUGCAUUCAAAUUAAUGUCAGGAAUUUUUGCUCUGGAUUUUUGCAUUAUUCAUCAGUUAAUAUUAGUGAUGGAUAUGUGAUCGUGAACAUUUGUGUCUGCUGGACGUAGUAUAAUGCAAAUCAGUUGUCAAUAUUUAUGAUUUGUAACUAACACUAAGACAAUUCAAACUUGAGUAAUAUUUUGAUUGUGUUCAACUUCCAUAGAAGUUGUCUUUAAUUUUUCCGAACAUCUGUAAAUAGGCAAAAUCUAAUAAAUGUUAAUAAUAUUCAUGUAAUUUUUGCCUUUACUUUGAAUGUUAUGUAGCUCAUUCAGUUGUAAUUAAAAUAUGAUUUGCAUUUAAUCAAAGGAUAUCAGUGUAUUUGUCAUCCUAUUUAUAAUGAUAUUAAAUGUUGAUAUCAAAAUUAUAUUAGAAUUUGUAAAGUGUUUUGUAGAAUGGUUAAAAAGGAGCACAAAUGUGUUUAUACUACUAUAGUGGCAGAUCCCAAUUGGGCUUGGGUAAAGUAGAUUCUAUCCCCUUCACUCUUUUUUUUUUUUUUUUAAUAUCGUAAAUGGUUACUGGCACAUGCUGUGUCAUGUGCCUUUACAAAAAUUCCAGAAUUGUUCGACCACACACUAUUUUCAGAAUACUUAUGAAUACUGUCACAAAGCAAGUGUCCUUUAGAUUAAAUAUUGUGCUAUUUUUUAACCCCCUCCUACAUAUCUACCCACAACCAUACACCAUUUGUCAGUUUUCCCAUGUUGACCCUAUUCAAUAAUUUAAACAAUAAUGCAUUAUUGACCAAAUGUAUCACUGGUUUACACUAUUGAUUAGCAACAAUUGACAACUGUAACAUUUUAUUUAUGGUAAUGUAAAAAAAAGGGGGGCUUUCAAAAUGUCACAUUUUGUAAUAAGAAACUACAAAAACAUUCUGGAAUAAUAUGUCAAAUGAUUGCUUGUUUGUUGGUACCAAUACCCAUUUGUAAUGUGAUGAGUGCUGGUGUUUAUUUUACCUGGACAUAGUACAGUAAUUUACCUUUUGGUGAGGGCUCUGUAUCCCAACAACCAGGUUAUCAUAAACUUGGAAUAGUGCUGUAUACAUAUAAGCCUAUUUUCAAAAGCAGCAUGCAGACAGUAAAAAGAUUUUAGUGGGCAGUACAAUCCAUUUACACGGUGUGCAACAACAAGGUUUGUUUUGCUCUUGCAUGCUUAGUAGGAGAUAACUGAAGUUACUGAUUGGUCAAAAUAUUGUCUGUCAUGUAACAUUUAUUUUCUGGAAAUAUCAAUGGAACAAUAUUAAGCGGCAUUUCGCUUAGACAAGCUAAUGUUCAGUGUGGAUCAACAAAGCAAUAUUUUAUAAUAUUUUUUUUCUGUUGCAGGCACAUGUUAUUGCUGUCUGUGUAAAUAGGCCUUCCGAAUUCACAGAUUUCCAUAUUUAUCAAUAAAGUGAACAAGUUCUGUUAUAUGUAAUGAUAAAGCGCCCUCUUGUGGUAAAGUGCUUUCAGUUUCAUACAUCUUGCAUGGUGGCCACUGAAUUAGAAUUCUGAUAUAUAGUAUGUACCUAAUGUGAUAUUCAAGUGUUUGUAUGUUUGAGCUAUGUAUUAAAAUAAUGUGGUCAACAGUUUUGUUUCAAAGUUAACAGGAACAUUUAGAAGGUAACAGUAACAAGAGAUAGAAGUCAACAGCCUGCCUUAAAAUUUUCUCCAGAAACUACAAAUGCUUUUGAAUGUUAUUCAUGUAUGUCAUAUUAUCAUAAAGUUAUUAACACCGUUUUAUUUCAAGAAUGUAUAGACGAUGUAGUGAUAGUACUUCAGAGGCUAGUUGAUAUGUGUGGUUUCCUCGUUGUUUUGUUUUUGAGAAGUGUUAAAUUACGGACAACAUAGUACCACAGAUUCAAUUAAUACCAUUAACAAGUGUUAAAGCCCUUUGUAUAUAAAUGGCCAGCACCAGAAAGUAUAUUUAUUGUUAUUGGCAGAUUAUCUUUCUUUGUGACAAUUAGAAGUAUAUAGCAUCUAUAAUACAAAAAGAAACAAUUUGUUAUAUUCUUAGAAAAUGUAAGAACAUUAGUUUAAUGUAUGGAGGUACUGUGUAACAAGCAGAGUACAUACUGUGUUACAUUUUGGUUGGGUCGUCGCACUUAAGAAGCUGCUUAUUAAGUUCGAACAUUUUUUUUUUUUCUGUUAAUGUGUAAUGACGUUGCUUCAGUUGUUAAUAAAAAGUCUACCACCAUGGUGGAAGAACAACCAAA